AGCUGCAAUACCAGGCUUGGUCGCUGAGCCCCGGUGGAUUGCGAAAGUAUGCACUGUUCCCGAGGGGGUUGGGUUUACCGGAUGACGCGCUGAAACAAAGAUGGCUGCGCCCAUAGUAAAUUAGUUGAGUUGUAUAUUCUUUGCAUUGGUACCACGUUGGUCGUUAAUGUCGAUUUUGAAUGCUCCUAAACACUUAAUUACAUUUCUGCUUUAAUCUGGUCACCAAUUUAUGCAUUGCAUGGUAUUGUUGGGCAUGCAAUUCAAUGUAAAUGUUUGUUUUCAAGCCGGUUUGCUAAAGAGGCUAAUGUAGCAAACAACAAAUGACAGCCUGCUCCUGCCCUUCGUGGCAAGGGAAUAAGAGCACUUCUUGAAAUAGGCGAAAAUAGCAAAAUAUUAUUUAAAUGUAAACGGAGUUACUUUAAAUGCUAAGUCGAUAACUGAUGGAUGUUCAGGAGUUCUUUGUAAACCAUUUCAGGUUUUGUUGUUACCAUAUGCAAGUGGUAAUAAAGCCUUAAUCUUUCAAACUUAGUCCUUCUCGACCGCUCGUAUUUUGUUGGGUCUUUAUCCACAACAGAGUAAAGUAUGUUAAUAAACAUGUCACCGUGCGGACCAACUUUGGAAGAACAGCUUUCGUCCAUAAUGGACGUACUUGCGAAAGCUGCUGUAUCUGAAAUUAGCCAACUGUUUUCGGAAGGCUCGGCUACCCUUCGAUUACAAAUAACUCGGAGCCUGAAAGAAAACCAAGCGCUGAGGAAAAGGAUGAAGGUGAUGAGGAGUGAGCUGUUUUCUUUGCGGCUUCAAACGAGAUCAAAUGCAUCGUGUGCGGCAAGUCGUUUUACCCUGGCUCGAGCCAACAUCUGCAAACCACAGACUAAACCACAGGGAGAUGAACACUGCGAUGUCUUUGGAGACCGCAGCACACAGCGCGACACCACCUCAGAGAGUCUUCACGCCCCGGGCUCCUCCCACAUGUCCAGUCACAGCGAGGAGCUGAGGAUCCUGAGCGUCUAUGGAAAAGGGGAGGGCCCACUGGCGCUCGACGGCUAUGACACCCUCUUUACCGCGUCCAAACGGGAGGCCAAGAACUCUCUGUCUGCAGAUCACAGCGUGGACAAGGGCCUUGAGUGCGGCGAGCAGCUGGUCCGCCACGAGGAGCUGACUGUGCAGCAGCAGACCACAGACACCACUUUAAUCAAGGAUGAAGAGGAUAUUGGUGGAGGCAUGCCCGCUGUAGAAGACUGCGUUGACUUUGGUGACUGCAGCACACAACAUGACGCCACCUUGAAUAGUCUACAUGUGGACGCCUCUGGCUCUUCCCACAUGUCAAGUCACAACGGAGAGCUGCGGAUCCUGAGUGUCUAUGGAAAAGGGGAAGAACCACUGGCGGUUGAUGGCCAUGACAACCUCUUCACCGCGUUCGAACCGGAGGCUCUGAGCUCGCUGUCCGCAGAACGCAGCGUUGCAAAGAGCCUGGAGCGUGGAGAGCAGCUGGUCCACCGUGAGGAGCUGACCGGGCAUCGGGGCAGCGGCAAGGACCGGCCCGGUGUGUUGUCUGUUGAGGGUUUUCCAGAAAAUACCAAUUUGACCAUCCACAUGCGUACCCAUACCGGCGAGAAGCCGUACGGCUGCGACCAAUGCACAAAGCGCUUCCAAAUGAAAGGCAGCCUGAAGAUCCACCUGAGGACUCACUCCGGGGAGAAGCCCUACAGUUGUGAGCAAUGCGUGAAGCGCUUCAAUCAGAGCUCCGACCUGAAGGUUCACAUGUGGACUCACUCCAGGGAGAAGCCCUACAGGUGUGACCAAUGCGUGAAGAGCUUCACUAAGAGCUCCAACCUGAAGAUCCACAUGAGGACUCACUCCGGGGAGAAGCCCUACAGGUGUGACCAAUGCAUGAAGAGCUUCGGGCGGUGCUCCAGCCUGAAGUGCCACAUGAGGACUCACUCAAGGGAGAAGCCCUACAGAUGUGACCAUUGCGUGAGGUGCUUCAGUCAUAGCUCCGACCUGAAGAUCCACAUGAAGACUCACUCCGGGGAGAAGCGCUACAGGUGUGACCAAUGCAUGAAGUGCUUCGGACAGAGCUCUCACCUGAAGAACCACAUGAGGAUACACUCUGGGGAGAAGCCUUACAGGUGUGACCAAUGUGUGAAGAGCUUCAGUCAGAGCUCCAGCCUGAAGUCCCACCUGAGGACUCACUCCGGGGAGAAGCCCUACAGGUGUAACCAAUGCGUGAAGCGCUUCAGUCAUAGCUCCGACCUGAAGAUCCACAUGAGGACUCACUCCGGGGAGAAGCCCUACAGGUGUGACCAAUGCAUGAAGUGCUUCGGACAGAGCUCUCACCUGAAGAGCCACAUGAGGACUCACUCUGGGGAGAAGCCCUGAAGGUGCAACGCCAGCCUCAGCGACCCUAGCAAUUUGCGUUGGCACAUGCUGAAGCCCAGAGGCAAUUGGGUGCUUUGACACGGGUAACGGGACGUUUUGAUUGAAACCUCUAUCCUGUAUUCGUUGAAAUGACUGCUGUAGAUUUUCCUUUCUUCAUGAUUAUAGAUGCUCUCCAACUUUUCAUUUGAUUUCUGUUUUUAUUGUUCUAAAUAAUUAACCCUUUAACUGCCGCACCAAGAAAGCUGCUAUGUAAAAAAUAUUUUUUUGCAUUUUGUAUUCCCUUGGGUUGAUAAUAAUCAGAAUAAAAUGUAUUUUUUUCAAAAGAACCCACAGUUCUUUAAAUAUCAGCCUCUACCAAACGGUUGAGAUGUCACUUAAUGGUUAAAGUACCGGAACUCUGACAAAUACAACAAAUAGUAGAAAAAAUC